UUAUUCCUCUGAGAUAAGCAAAGUGAGAACUGAGCUGACGCAACAACGUGCGAGAUCUAAUGACCAGGGAGGAGCAGUGUUGCUUACCUGCCGAAGGAUUGUAAUUUCAGAUUAAACGCAGAAGGGAAGCAGGAGGCUCUUGGCGAUCGAAUGCUUUUCAACGCGUUUUGGGAAUCUUAAUUUUUGAAGUCCCCCCCGAGCGAUGAAGGGCGGGCGGAAACCCAGCCCUGCACGCUUUCUGAUUCUUGCCAGCCUCUUCAGCGCCGUCCAGGCUCUUCCCAACAAAGCCAACGUGACUUUGGUCUACUUUAACACCCUCAACCAGUCCUCGACAAACCACAGGUGCGAAUGCGGCAUGUUCGGCGUGCAUUCUCCCGUGGCGGAGGCUCGAGGGCUGGUGGUGCUGUCCAAUUCUUCCGAACUCCAAGCCUGCAUGUGGGACACGCAUUUCGCCCCCGCGGUGUCGCCCUGGAUUGCCCUGAUCGCGAGAGGCAACUGCACCUUCACGGAGAAGAUUAAGCGAGCAGCUAAACUGGGCGCAUCGGCCGUGGUCAUCUAUAACUACGCAAAGUACGGCAACAAUUCAAUCCACAUGGCCCACCCCGGAGAGGUGUGGGUGCCAACUUCCUACAACAUGGAAAAACCCCAGAUCUCUAAUCUUGUGUAA